AUGUCGAGAGCGAAGCAACUCUCCGAAGAUACCAUGGAGUCCGCUCGAAAUUAUUAUUACGGUAUUACGAGGAAGAUGCUAUCGAUAUCCGGCCAAUGGCCUUAUCAGAAAAGAAGAGCGAAGGUGUUCGGAGUGACUUUGAUCACGUCGGUCACGUUGUCUCUCAUCGUUCCACAGGUGUGCAAAUUAAUUUACUGCGACAAAGACGUGCAAUGUAUUUUAGGAACUACGCCAUCGUUUCUGUUGACAAAUAUGAUUCUGUUAAAGCUGUACACGUGCCAAUUCAACAGUAACAAGAUUAGAAACCUCACAGAUCAACUGACUGACGACUGGAAACAAUUAAGAACACGGGAAGAGUUCGAUAUUAUGACGAAGUACGCCGCGAACGGCAGACAGAUCUCUUUGAUAUAUUCGUUCUAUUGUUACACGGCUUGUGGUCUGUUUGUAUGGAUCUCUGUUACACCGCGUUUGUUAGAUAUCGUGAUACCUCUAAAUGAAUCGCGCCCGCUGAUACUGCCUUACGAGGCGCAUUACUUCGUCGACGACAACGAGUAUUUCUUUCAUAUUCUCAUUCACAGUUUUGUGAGUGUGGAAGUGGGUAUAACGGGAGUGCUCGCGCACGAUUGCAUGCUCAUAACUUACAUCGAGCACACGUGCAGCGUCUUUGCCGUGGCCGGAUUUCGCUUUGAGAACUUGCACGACAACAAAAUCGACAAAAAUAUCGAUGUAAGAAGCAACAGUUCGAGUAAAAUUUACAAUCGGAGAAUAGGAGUUUCCAUGCACGCGCACUGGCGAGCUUUACAAUUCGCGGAUCUUCUUGAAGAUACCUUUAAUAUAACGUUUGUCUUACAAAUAGCGAUAGUUUGUUUAGGGAUGAGUAUUACUUUGCUGCAAAUCGCAAUGCAAAGCAAUGAUGUUAUGGAAGCCGCGAGAUACGUUGCGUUUAUCAUUGGUCAACUGAUCCAUUUAUUCUGCUUCAGUGUGCAAGGCCAGAGACUGAUAGAUCACAGCAUGGAAAUGCGCGACAAGGUAUAUAACUGCACUUGGUACAAUAUACCGGUGAAAUCACAAAAAUUGCUCUUACAAGUGAUGAGAAAGAGUCUUCAGCCGAAUGUUCUGACCGCUGGCAAGAUCUAUGUGUUUUCCUUGAAGAGUUUCACUACGAUCGUACAAACUUCGAUGUCGUACUUUACCGUACUUUCGUCCUUCCAGUAGUAAUUGAUGACGUCAAGAAAUAGUAGCGAG